AUGUCCUAUGCACGGGAAGGACCUCUGGGUACGAUCUACAAGGACUUCGAUUGUGUCUUUAAGGCUAUUGAACGUCAUGAGGAUCUUACUGAAGAGGAAAAAUCAUCUCUCUGUGGGAAAUUGUGUGAUUGGAUCGAACAAGUACCGGUAUAUGGGUUUAAUUCAUCCUCUUUCGAUAUGAAUGUCCUAAAGCACAACCUUGCGUCUGUGUUGCAGGACUUUGCGAAACCACGCGGCUUGAUAUCGAUGGUUGAAAAGGCAUACACAUCAGAGAUCCUUAAACGAUUCAAGCCUGAACAGGUGCGCUGUGGCACCUGUAAGAUAUCCAUCAAGAUCCCCGGAAGACAAAAACCACUCGAACCGGAUUUCGCUAUCCCUCACGAGAAAUUGAUAGUGGAAGUAUUAGGAUGUUUUUGGCACAGGUGCAUGAAGUGCUAUAAACCAGAAGAUAUCAAUAGACGUAUCAAUGUUUCCUUCGGCGAACUGAAUAGGAGGACGCAAUGGCGAAAACAACAACUUGAAUCUCUAGGAUGGACUGUUGAGGAAGUGUGGGUUUGUGAUUGGCUCGCAGAACAGAAGGAAAAAGGCGAGCGGAUCACCACAAUCUCUGGAAUCAUCAAGAUGGGAAACGCAUAUCGUUCUUUGAACAAUGGAGAAUUCCACUUUAAAGACAUCAAAGGAUUUCUAGAUCCUUCUGCCUCACUCGACAAGUUUAUCAAAAUGUAUGACUGCAAAAUGCAAAAGUUACGUUUUCCGCACGGAUUGACCGGAAAUGUGUCAAAAUUCGUUGAAAUGAAUCCAGUGUACACAGACAUCUUCAAUGAACAAGGUGUUGCCGGUCUUUUGAGGACCGUUCGUGUGGAAGACGUAUCACGAGACUGGUAUACCAAAUUGUCGGGAAAAGAUGCGAAAGCCUUCCGAAGGCUUCCUGAGUCUUCCGAAGGUUCGCAAACUCUCUUGGAACUUCUCGAAAUAUACAACAAUGCAGAUGUUGUCCCUAUGUGUGAAGCGAUCGCAAAACACCACGAAUACUUCACUGAACUUGGAGUGGACUUCCACAAAGACUGCUUGUCUCUUCCUGGUGCUGCGUGUUCGAUCAUCUUCAACGGUAUCCCGACGGCUCCUACAGAAACUCCCGAAUUUGCAUUGUGGAAGGAGGAAGACAGAGAUCUUUACUUUGAUUUCUAUGCUGGUGCUAUGCAAGGCGGACCGUCUAUAGUCUUCAAUCAUUACGGUAAAGUGGGUGAAACGACCAUUCGCGGUACAGAGAACAAAUGUCAAAGUAUGAUCGGAAUCGACUGUAACUCUCUAUAUCCUUUUGGUAUAGCCCAGGACAUGCCUCUAGGAGAUUACACUACCGAUCGGUCUCCCAACCAUGAGACCGUUAUCUCUGGUAUUCAAAGUGAUAUCUUGUUCGGGUUUGUGAAGUGUGAUAUCGAUUGCCCCGAACACCUGAAGAAUUACUUUAGCGAAUUCAGUCCGAUUUUUCAUAACGACGACAUCAUAGGAAAGGACGGUAAAACUUCCAGGAAAUUGAUCGGUACUACGUCUGGGAAGAAUCUUUGGCUUAGUACACCUUUGCUCAAAUGGUAUCUGAACCAUGGACUUUUGAUCUCAAACAUCAGGACCACCAUUUUCUACGAACAACGCGGGAGAUGUUUCGAGUGGUUUGUGAACUACUUUGCUAAUGAACGUCGUAAGGGAGACCUGAAGAAAGAAUACGCUUUGAAGGCAAACAACGCUAAACUGAUUCUAAACAGUUCAUACGGAAAAACCAUCACCAAUUUCGAGAAACACCUAGAUGUCAAAAUUGUAUCUGAAAAGCAAUUGGCUCGUCAGGUUCGGAAAACGACUUACAAACAACUGACCGUCUUGGACCAGAUGUUCGAGAUGGACUUUACAAAGAAAUCUUACGAACAGUAUCUACCCCUUCAAAUUGGUUUCAUGGUCUAUGGAUACGCUAAACUGAGGAUGUUGGAAUUCUAUUACGACUUUCUCGACGUGUACGUUCCAAGGGAAAAAUUCGAACUACACAUGAUGGAUACUGACUCCUUAUACAUGUCUCUGGCUGGAACUGAACUGGAUGAUCUCGUUCGGCCUGAGUUAUUGGACAAGUACGAAGAUGAUAAGAAAAACUGGCUCGUAACAACUGAUUUCGAUUUUCGGACACCAGGACUCUUUAAACUGGAGUGGAAAGGUCUUGCACUCAUAGCACUCGCACCCAAGUUAUACUACGCCUUUGGAGAAAAAGCGAAGGAUCAUAAGUUCAGUUGCAAAGGAACGAACAAGGAACAAAACAAGGACAUGAUGACUUAUGAAACUUACAAGAACGUUUAUAAGAACAAAGACAUCAAAGUCUUAAAGAAGUCGAAGAAUAAGAAGGGAGAGGAGAAGGAGAAGGAAGACAUCUAUUCAGUAGAAACGAAAAAUACCGGAUUGUGA